CGAGCUCCCUGGGGACUUGAAAAAGACGCUUAUGGAAAACAGCGCACACACAAAUAGCACGGCUGGAAUAUAACCUCAAAAUCGGCCCGCUAUUUUUUUUUUUUUAUCUCGCAAGUCCAGUUAUUUAAGGUUCAAUUUAAUUACGUGAAUGAGCUUUUAAUGUUCUUCAAUCAAGGCAGACCAGAAUUUAUUGGAAGUACUUUUGUUUUGAUGUGAUGAUAUGACAAUUUGAAUGACGUUUGAAUGACAAUUCACAUUCGCUACGGAUAUAACAUUGUGGAAGCCAGUCUCUACUGCCUGCGAAAAAGUAAAGAUGAGACGCUUGCGCUGGGAGUCACUGUAUUUUCUACUGUGCACGUUGACAGCAGUUUCAGACGCAUCGCGUAACGAGAAACGUCUUCUUGAGAAGCUGCUCACGGGGUAUGACCGAAACGAGCGACCCGUUCUGAACGACAACGAGUCUGUCACCGUCACGCUAGGCCUGACACUCAACCAGAUAGUAGACGUGGAUGAAAAGAAUCAGUUGCUGACUACAAGUACCUGGAUCAGGCAGAUCUGGUACAACCCUUUACUGACGUGGAAUGUGACAGAAUAUGGUGGACUGAAGACGAUUAACGUGUCUCCGACAAUCAUAUGGCUUCCGGAUAUUGUACUCUACGACAAUGCGGACCCGGAUGUAACUUUUGGCGGAAACCUGGACAGACUCAACACGCGGGUGGUCCUCCGUUACGACGGCCGCAACACGUGGCUCGCCCCAGUCACAUUUCGAAGCAACUGUCCAAUAGACGUCAAGCAUUUCCCAUUUGACACCCAGUACUGCCCACUCAAAUUCGGCUCUUGGACUUACGACGGCUUUCGGCUUGACGUCGUAAACGAGAGCUCUGCGGCAGACCUUGGAAAGUACAUUCCGAGUGCUGAAUGGAACCUUCAGUCUGCCGAGAGCAAACGUAACGUUCUCAAGUACUUCUGUUGCGAUGAGCCGUAUCCGGAUGUGACGUUUACGUUCGUAAUUCGACGGAGGUCGCUGUUCUACAUGAUGAAUUUGAUUUUGCCGCUGGUCACCAUCACCGCACUGGUCAAUGUAUCGUUUGUGCUUCCAGCAGAAUCAGGUGAACGUACCUCGCUAUCCAUCACCAUCCUCCUCGCCAUGACCGUUUUCAUGCUGGUCGUCGCCGAGACUAUCCCGCCAACCUCCGAUGCCAUCCCUCUUAUUGCAAAGUUCUAUAUGGCCGGCAUGAUAGAGAUGGCUGUAGCACUUGUAUGGACUUGUUACAUUCUGAAAUACUACCACUCAGACUGUAUGGAAAUGCCGCAUUGGGUUCGCAAAUAUAUCCUGGGUUACUUAGGGAACUUCUUCGGCAUUCGAAUGGAAAACCUAAAGCGGUAUUCCGAACACUCGAAAAUCAUGCGAGCGCAUGGUGAAAACAUUGAUGUGGUCUUUAGACCAGAAUCUACGAAGGAUUCAUUGAGAGACGAGCAUCUCCAGGAACAGUUGAUUCCUAAAGUGAUUGACGGUGACAAGUGCUACUCGAACCCGACAAGACAGCACAUGUACAGUGGACGGAACGGAUUCAUCGGCGGGAGCCUAGGGGGUGCAGAGCACCCAGCCUUGGCUCUUGGGGAGAAGAUACUUCAGAAGGUAGAGACGUUGGUGGAAAACUCGAUCGUAGACGACAAAGUGAAUAUUCACAAGGAAGAGUGGAGGAUUGCUGCCAUGGUCAUGGAUAAGGUCUCGCUCUGGGUAUUUAGUAUAACUGUUCUUGUGACGGUGUUAGCUUGUUUCUUGCAAGCGCCAGAAUAUGUAGCUUGAGGAGUUAGCAAGCUUCCUGAAGAGGACUCAGGCAGGAAAAAAAUUCCAUGACUUAACUGUGAGUGAAGAACUGAUUCUUGAAAGAGAAAUACGAAGAUUGAGAUGCAAGAUAGGGAGGUUAAUAUAUGAGACUCGACUAUAAGAACCAAGAGCUGCGGAACACACCGAAAAGCGUGUCGUGGGAGAAGAGGCGGGGCUGAGCUAUCGCAAACUCAAGAAAGGUUUCGAAGAUCACUUAGUACAGUUCACUAAAAAUGGCCAAAGGUGAACAGCUUCGACCCCUCUAGUCCCGCGGCCCUUGCAACAGUCCAUACUAGCCGCUCGCUGCACCUCUGAUGGUCCUUUUACUAUUGCCAUUCUUGCUACGGUGUAAACGUGCAAGUACCAGAAGCCCUUCCUCAGAGAUUGGGACAAAAAUCAAGAGAUUUUCCCUAUAGUCCAAUCAUUUACCCUGGUGCUUUCAUUGUGUCACUGUAAACCACAAAGGAUCAUCAACAGUGCACAAUACGCAAAAAUAAAAUUUUAUGACGUCACUAUAUGCCACAGGAACGUACCCAGAAUUUUUCUUUGGGCGGGGGAAGGGGGGAUGCGAAAUAUAAAAUAAGUGGACCUAAUUUUCCCGGGAGGGAAGGGGGAAGGAGGGAGUUCUCAUAAAAAUCUAACCACCUCCGAAAGAACAAAAAGGGAUUUUUUAUGCCUUUGCAGUAUCUCCACGGGACGUUUAUUGUCGGAUUCGGCUACAUACCAGAGUGAUCUAGCUCAUGAUUUUUAGUUUUGUCUACAAAUAGCACGUCUAUUGAGAACCAAAAGUGGAAUUUCGGUGCGUUCGCACCCCCUGCUCCCCCCCUGGAUACGCGCCUGGGCCAUGCUCAGCCCCAAGUUACUAUAUUUACAAGGCAUUUCAAAGAUACAAAAAGCCCAAAUAGCGGUGUUCGUGAACCAAAGGAAUAAAUACAAUACACCAAAAAUGGUAUUCGACUCUGCCAAAUUUCGUCUUUAAUAAGACUAGUAAGACAGGGGUCUGCCCUGAAGAAGUCUUAUUAAAGACGAAAAUUUGGCAGAGUCGAAUACCAGUUUUUGGUGUGUUGGCAUUUAGGUAUAGAACAAGGAACGUAAGGAAGGACAGUCAGCAUGCCACUGAUGUAUUCUUUUCCUUCCAAUGAUUUCAUAAAUUGGCUUGGUAAACUCCCUGUAGGCCGCGCCGUUUAGGCCUUUGAAGUGUUCUACAUGAGCUCUAUAUGUAUGUCGCUGAAGGCUGUAAAAGACUUUGCUGGCUAGAUUCGCUUAUAAUCUUAUUGCCUUUGCUGUUGUCUAUUCAUAAUAUACUGCUUGCUGAUAAUGAAUCGUCUGUGUAAUACCUUCAGGCGCGUACACAGGGGGGUAGACUGGGGGAUAGACUAGGGGGUGCACAGGGGGGUACACUGGGGGGUGCGCGCCGCCCCCCUUGGCGGCCAAAAAGUUGGUCAUUUCUUAUCAACGAAUCUUCAUCUCAAAUUCUAUAGUAUUUCCAUGAUGCCCCCCCCCCCCCCCCCCCCCCCUCUAGCAAAUCCUGGGUACGCGCCUGACCUUUACAUUAGCGAAUUUAGAGGGGAAUUUACGGGUUUGACAUUACAGGGAUUAAGGGAGGGGAGGAGGGCAAAUGAGGAGAAGGCGUAAAAUGUACAAGAAAUAUGCUCCUUAUGGGGGGUGGGGGGUGGGUAACAAAUCAACCACUAAUGGAUCAGCCCAUGCAAAACCUUUCUUGAAUAAACAUAUCAGUAAUA